AUGUCAUCAUCACGCUCGAUGCUCAACCUGCGAGCGACCACGUCAGACGGUGACUCCUCGACUCAUGCAUUGCCUCAGUCGAGUGUUCCUUCCAGUCCCUGGCUGCCUGCAGCAUCCACGCCCAGCAAUUCUCCCAUGACUGGUUCGACGUCCAAGUCUCUUCCUCUUCUAAGUAUACCGACCUUCUUCACUCGUGCGAAAGUGACCCGUCGUCAAGAAUUCCCACCUGCUCUGACGUCCCUCGGCCAGAUCGUGGGCCCCCAGCCUGUCGUGCUCACUGGCGAAUCGUUCACGGUCGCACGUCGACCUCGAUCGAGUAGCUUGUCACACACUGCCUCCCGACGUGCCCAUGCCAUGAAGGCCUCAGCACUUCCAUCGUCGCCGAGGGUACCGCAGCGCUGUAUCUCGACUCCCGAGCCACGCUUCUUGACAGCCCUGGUCGAAGCCGAUUCAUUCUGCUCGUCGCACGAGGAGACAAGGAGUUGCUCUAGUUCGUCUCAUUCGAGCAAAUACCGUCCAGUGAGACACCCCAACGGUAGUUCACCAGCUGUGUCUGCUCCCGUGACCCCCUCCGUCUUGAGCUCGCCAUCGCCUUCAUCGAUCGUGCACGCGCGUCGCGACAGACACAGAUACCCUGCCAACCAAGUGCAAACCUCUAGUUCUUCUCUCAACAGCAACGUGUCCGAGCCCGUGAUGCAUCGUCCCCGAUCUACGACCAAGCACGCUCGCAUGCCCCUCGCUUGCCGUGCGGGGAGCCACACGUCCUCCAACUCGAGCUCGUCCAGCUCGCCAGUCCGCUCAUCGACCGAGUCCGCCACCAAGUCGACCAGGUCUGAAUCGAGCAUCUCAUCUUAGAGCUCAAAUAGUCCUUCGGAGCAUCUCCAAGGCAGCCCUAUCGCGAAAAGGCUCAAGCGAAGGGGUGUGGUGAUCGACGUGGAGGCGGGGGAUGAACCCCUGUCAUCACCCGAGCUGACGGCAAUCUCGCUCAGUUCAACUCCACGCUCGUCUCCCGAUACACCUGGUUUUAAACGAGUUUUAUCGGCCAUGACCGGACAAAACGAUGUUCGUGCGAACGAAGAUUUUGUUGCAUUCUCCUCGGCCACCCGUCAGCGCAGUUCGUCCGUUCCGGCCCCGUCACGCUUGGCGGUCAACACCCAACCGGUACGCCCCAUCCCAUCUCCACGAUCUGAACGCACAGAAGCUUCCCUUUUUCUGAGCAGAUUGUUAUCGUCCCGGCAUACAAGCAGCGUCUGGCUCCCCCAUUUCCAAUCGGCCGACCUUUGCUUGCGCAGCUCCAACUGCGCGACGUCACGAGCUCAUUCGCGUCGACAAUCAGUACGACGAGCACCGAGGCUGAUCUCAAAACCGCUCAGGUGGUUCAAGCCCGAGUCGAAUCGGCGGUGCGUGCCUCAGUGGAGAUCAUCUCGGGAACCCUCACCGAUCCGCGCACCGAAGAAGCCAAUCGCCACUGCAGUGGAAUUGUGCUGGUCGAGCAAAGUCCCUCGUCCCUUGAAGACUGUACACUCGAGGACCUGAUGACCAAGAUUCAUCAGCUUGAGGAGCAGAAAAGAGCUUUGGAGGCCGCUCUGGAGAGUAUGCGAGUUAAUUGCCAGUGA